CAGAAAUAUUUAAUUAUACGACGAAAUUCAAAACGUUUACGAAAUUAUUAUGCAAUAAAGUUUAUUUGUCAACUUUAUCGCUUUGAUUAAUGUUGAUAAUUGAUAGUUUUUAAAAAAACCUACCUCCUGUAGUUUUAAAUUAGAAAAUUAUUUAGAUUAAAUUUUUUUCAACAAAUGAAUAUAAACAGGCUGACAAGCAUUGAAACAUCAUCACCAGCAUUACCUUCUUCACUAACGUCAGUAGCAGAAGAAACAUCGUCAAAUUAUGAAAUUCAUUACAUUGGGGCCAGUAAACGGAGCAUCAGCAGGUCACUUAGUAGCAGUAGCACUUUCUUCUGUUUUCACAGUGUCAUGAAUUUUUUUACCCUGGCACAUCUACUCAGACUUCUUCGACUCAUUCUACAGAAGAUUGUCAUGGCUUUUGCUGAAAUGACAAGCAUAAUUCUCAGCCUAAAAUCCUUGCUGAUGCAGUCGAGUGUGAACUUGGUAAGUUUUUGUCAGAUGUACCCACCUGCCAUCCUAUUCAUGAUCAACAUUGCGCUCUUUGCUGUCCUCCUGACGUCCAUUGGUUUCUACGUUAAGGUGUCCGAUCAUGUCGACUCGACUGAGGAGUGGAGGUCGUUUCUAGAAAGUUUCUCAAAGUUGGAGCUCUGCAUUGUAGCCCUAUCCAACACCACCGUCGCCGCCACUCCCGACAGCAACGACAUCAGCAGCAAGAAGUCGCAGUUCAAUUCUCUCACAAAAUACGAAACGCACUCGAUCCCGAUAUCCCUCUCCAUACGUCCCACGCAGGAGCUGCUGGCCUGGAAUUCAUCCAUACUCCACUUGAGCACCCUCAUGUCCGGCAAGCACAUCGGACUGGAAGGGGACGACUCACAAGCCAUAAUUAAUGUGACCUUAUUGUACAAGAGCCAAUCAAAUGCCUCACUCUGUAACCAGGGCAAGUUGUCUUCAGGCUGUCCAAUCGUUGAGAACGUCGUCGGCUGUGUACAGUUCAAAGCACCUAGGAAUAUUUUUCCAGAAAAUAAACAUUUACAACACUGCCCGGUGAACCAGCUGUCAGUUGCAGGCAUGUUAGCAGACGAACUCACUCGCAACAACCCACCAAUCAACAAAAAACAAAACCGUAUCAAAAGCAGGAAGAGUAGUAGUAAUAUUAAAAGUAGCAGCAGCAGUAGUAGCGGUGGUAACAGUAGAAGUAGUAGUAGUAGCAGUAGUAGAGUGUACUACGGCAGUUUGAACUGGCAGAUGAUUGGCAUUGAUACGAUAUUUUAUUGUAGGAAUCGUCCCACCAUCAGAGCUGACUUCAAUCUCUUUCUUCUCAAACUUCCUGCAAAUGUCAUAGACCAUGAGACCAGACAGCACCUAUUCAGAACGAGCUUCUUCCUGGCGUCAUUCGUUGUCGUCAUCGUUCUGUAUGGGGCUUGCUCCAGCCACCACACACACAAGAACAGAACCAUUUCCUCCUCGUCCGAGUCUUGAUAAUGAUGGUGAUGAUGAUUGUGAUGAUGAUGAUGGUGAUGAUGAUGAUUGUGAUGAUGAUGAUUGUGAUAAUGAUGGAUGUGUGAUGAUAAUGGUGAUUGGGAUGAUGAUGGUGAUGAUGAUGGUGAUGAUGAUGAUUAUUACCAUUAUCAUCGUCAUGACGACCAGUUCUGCAGCACUUUGUUCACAUUAUUAAACAAAUCACCAUCUCUUUCAUCUUUGGAGCACGCACACACACACGCACGCACGCACACACACACAUACAUGGUACAUAACACACACACUUAUAUAUGUAUAUGUUUGGAGUUCAACAAUAUAUAUGUAUAUAUUUAUACAAACACAAGCAUAUACAUUGUCUUCAUUCCGAUACAUAUUAUUUGCAUAACAAUGGUUUUUGUUUGCCUCUCACUUUUAUUCACACACACACACGCACACACUUUUUUCGUUCUCUCUCCUCUCUCUCUCUCUCUCUUUCAUCAUAUUUUCUCACUUGUUUGAUUUUUUGUAUUGCAAAUUUAAUGUAACGGUACUUAGUAGUUUGUAAUUGUUUUACUUCUGCAUGACGCCUGUUCAAUCUUUUACAUACCCACACACACACACACACAUACUUAUAAACAAUUGUACAUGGUUGUACGUACAAAUGUAUGUGUGUAUGUAUGUAUGUUUUUUUUAUUAACGGUUUAUUUUUAAUUAUUGAAUUGUAAUUUGUUUCGUCUUUGACUCAUAGGAUAUUAUCAGUUUGUAUCGACCUGUUUUGUGAGUUAUAACUUAUUUUCAUGAGACGAAUGAAUGGAGUAAAACUC